GUGUCCUAUAAUUAGAAGUCCAGGGUGACUGCACAGAGACUGUCCUCCCAGCAGGGAAGAGUGAAAGUGGUGUUGCCGUCACUCUUUAUCACCAACGACGACUAAAAUCUGUGUACACUGGUCCGUUUUUUUUUUUUUUAUGACAUCACCACACAGUCUCCUAUCUGGGUGAAAAAGAUGCUGAUUGUUUGGCGGGAUGAGGUCGAGAGGCAGGGAUUUCCAGCUUUACAGAGCUAAAAUCUAAACCCACAAACCUAAACAAUCAAUAUGAUGGCAGAUACUGCCCAGGAGCUCCAGCGUUCUCCAACUGGGUUGGCACAGGCUGAUCAGGAUCCACCCAAGCCCCAGAUACUCAACAUCAAAGUCCAGGAUCAGACUCCUGAACAUCUCAAACAGGACCAGGAUCAGCAGAGGUUCCAGGCUUGUGCAGAUGAGACUCAAUCUACAAACAGUGAUGUGAGGAGGGAUCAGACAGCACGUCAGCUCGGCUUACCUCAGAACCAGCUGGAAGAAUUAAAUCAAAGUCAAACACAUGCCAAUGAGAACCAAGACGGAACUUUUCCACAAGAAGAAACGCAUCAGCAGCAUCGUCAUCAGCAGUCAGUUAGUUCAGAUCAACAACAGCAGCGUGGGCACAUUCAAGGGGUGGAUGUUCAAAGAGAUCUACGUCAGGAUCAAACCCGAGCCGUGGAUCAGGGAGGAGGCCGAGCGAAGCUGUUAGUUCACCGCACCGACUCCCACCUGGGCCAGGACCCCAAGACUGCCGCAGCCAAUCAGGAGGAGGCUGGGGAGUCAGGUGGCAGCGUCCCAGCACUGGUAAUCACUCAGGCAGAGGAGCUUCGGUCUUCGCCGUUGACUAAACCAAACAGACCUGCAGUGACUCCAAAGGAACCAGUCCAGCCUCAAAAGCCUCAGAGGCCAACAGAUCUGGUGAUCCCUGCAGCAGUGAUGGUGCCCACAGAGCCCUGUCUGAGUUUCAGUAGUGAAGGUGGAGAUAUGACCUGCUCUGACCUUCUGUCUUGGAGGAGCGACUCCAUAUCAUUAGGCAGUGAUCCGACCGUCUCCAGGCGGAGUGAUGGAAGUCAAGAGGAUGAUACUACAAGUGUUGCUGCAUCCUCUGUCAUGUCGCUGUUUCACCGGGUACAGCUGGAUCCACUGGAGAAGGACUGGUUGAGGAGUUCAGCUCUGGGGAACUUGGCUGCUCAACGCCAACUGCUCAUGCAGGAGCCCAGCCUCGUGUUGAAGAAGGAUUUUAUCACUGGGACGGCGCUUCACUGGGCAGCGAAGCAGGGCCGUCAGGAGGCGGUGGACAUGAUGCUUCGCUCCGGUGCCGAUGUCAACGUCAGAUCGCAGCAUGGGGGUUACACAGCCCUCCACCUCGCCUCCAUUCAUGGCCAUCAGCACAUCAUCCUCUCCUUGAUCAACAUUUACAAUGCUAAAACCAACAUAAGAGAUUAUCAUGGGAAGACAGCAGUUCACUACUGGAGCGGCAGCACCGAUAUCUUCAACAAAGUGGAUUCUCAGACAGAUGGAGUAUUUUCCCAGAGAAGACGGACGCAGCGUUACACUCUGCCUUCUUUACUUCUUUCCCGCUCACGAAGCUAUGGACAGAUCAACCUGGAGUUUACAUUAGCUCAGUCUGCCUCUAGUGAUCUGUUGGAACUCCAACUAUGACUUUUACAUUCCUGCCAUCAAUUGUGUCUUUUCUUGUGUCUUUAGCUUCAUAUUUAACAUGUUAGUAGGAUAUUUGUUUUUCCAUAAAUAUUUGUGACCCAAUAGACACACACCAGCAUUUUUAUUUAACAUGGCACUGUAAUAAUUCAAUGGAUUUAAAUGAAAAUAGCCAAAGAAUUAUCCUUUUUCUGUGUAGUUUGUUAUAAAUGGCAGUGUGACUAAAAACCCUACAAGACCAAAAGCUUCUACAGAUCCACAAUCUUCAAUAAAUACUAUCACUAAUCCUAUCAAUAAAUUUAAAUCAUUCAGGUAAAAUGCAGUGUCUUAGCUCAUCAUUCAACACUAAUCUUCUGCAACAUUGAUCCACCAAUAAAACCCAUGUAGUCUGACAAGUAACAGUGGUUGUAGAUAAUUGUUUUUAUGUCCAAUUAAUGAUAGACUUUGUAGAAAAAGUCACUUUUGCCUCAGUUUUGCCUGAUCUGACCCAAUAAUCUGAUCUAACAACCUCUGAAUUUACACUGAGCUUUUAUGAACAUCUACAUGGUCACUCACUUGGAUGUCAGCACAAAAAUAGUAGGUGUUCAAGAGUAAAUCUGUAAGUGUAAAUCUGAUGUAAAACUGCCCUUUAUUUGAAGCUGUUCAUGGAAGACAUUUAGCCAACUAUACUAUUUGUUUUCACUGUUUAAAGGUGCAGAAGCUAAAAUUAGAGGGAAAAACACCAGUCUGAAAAUACACGUCAUCCCCUGCAGCUUCUUCCUCUCACUCCAAAUCAAAUGACUAAAUAUAAAAAUAGAUGAAGUUUCACUCCAUCGUGGAAAAGGAAAAUCACUUCUGUGUGAAGCCACGGAGCAGAGUUAUGUCUUAACACCAAUGUAAUUAAAGCUGCUUCAUGUAGCCUUUUUAUCAGAAAAUACACGUAGCCAAAACCUCCCAUGAUGGAAGAGGUUUUUCACAACCUGGAAAGAAAAAAGUGGUUUUAAGUUUCGUUUCCUGUCAGAACACUUGAAUUACAUCAUACUUAGAGGUAAUUUGACCAAAAUGAUGCCAAAAAAAAAAAAAAAGCUUUAAAUGAAAAUGGUUUUACUGAUGUAUGAACAUGAAUAGUUCUGGAAGCAAGUUUUCACUGUUGCUCAUUGUUCAAACUUUUACAACAAAUGCUAAAAAUACCAGCAGCAAUUUCCCCAGAUUUGACCAUUUUUAUGGAAAUUAUGCAGACUAAUUAUAGCACAGUUGUAUCUUUAACACGUCAUGCUGUGCUGACUUCCAGCUGAAUGUACAGAAAGUACAAUUAAAUAACUAAAAGUUUAAUAAAAAUGUGUUUGACUUGA